AUGUCUGAGCUAGAGGAUCUCCAGCAAGAUAUUGAUGCAUUGACGAGAGAGAUUGGUGAUCUUGUAAAGGAACGCGAUGGCCUGAAAGAUGAGUUAAGGCGAAAUGAUGCAGAUAAACUAGCCAAUCAUCCCGUGGUUAAAAACUUUCAAUCUGUAUUCCACCAGUUCCCUCAAUUAUAUGAUGUGCUAUCUGAGGAAACAACUGCGAGACAUGAAGAGAGUACUCAAGAUCCUAUCUCUUUGAAGAGAAAGAGAAAUACGGAUGUCAAUUCCCCCAAGAAAGAUAAAUCAUUUAGAGGAGAUCACCCACCGGUCUUCCAACAUCAAAUGUUUGAUGAAAGCAUUGCACAAUUCAUUGAUACAAAUAUCUUGACCUCUCCUUCAAAGGCAAGGCGAAGGAUGAAAGAUACGAAAUAUGAUGAGGAUGCACCACGAAACCAAGUGUUAUUAGAAAAUGUUUACAGAAUGUUUGGGAUCACUUAUUUCCCAGUGGUAGAUCCCACCGAUUUAAAAGUGAACAAGGAGACGAAUAAGACUGAGAUAAAUCGUGAAAUGAUCGGUAUUAGACUUGAAGUAUUCAAUGAAAGUAUCGCUAGGUUUGAGAAACCAUAUUACAUUCUACUCAAGAAGAAAAUAAAGUCCGACUCGUGGCUUCUCUUCAAGCAUACCGUACCAAUUUUCAUCGAUGUACAUGCCCUAUUCAACAAGACCAAUGGUGGAGCGAUUAUAUCGCAUGAGAAUAUUUACCUGUUUGCCAAAACGGUGUAUAGACAGCUAAUCGAGCUAACCGCGAGAAUGCAGAAUCUUGAAGAUUUGAUGAGUUCUGGUGUGAUUGAUAAUCUCGACCUUGAUCUGGAAGCUGCGGCAGUCUCCUUCUCAAAGAAUGAAGUCCAAUUCAGGCUAAUGUUGCAUAAGGAUCAAAUAGUAUCUUGCUCAUUGGUAGGUGAGGCACUGGACGGCAAUGUCAAGCCGCAACUAGAGACGAUUUUCCUCGGUCCUCUGCACGAACUAGAGAUCAAACUAAAGCACUUGGAUCAGCUAUAA